UGGGAUAUGAAGAAAAAUGUUUUUGUGUUUACUUUGAGGAUUUGAAGCAUUUUGAAGAGGAUUUAGUAAAAAAUGGUCUGCUAUUGCUGUGUAAAAGGGUGUAACAAUAAUAGCAACAGUGCUAAAAAGGACCCGCGAGCUAUAUCUUUUCAUGCGUUUCCAUCAAAUUCUGAGCUGAGGCAGAAAUGGCUUAGGGCUAUAGGCCGACCUGCUUGGAACCCACCAAGUCAUGUCCGCAUCUGCAGUGCUCAUUUCAGCACUGAUAAAAUCAACCAAGACGGCUUCAGGACCCGAAUCAAGGAGGACGCGUGUCCGGUCAGCGCUCUACCUCCCAACUCCAACUUUGAAGCAUCACACAUAGAAGUUUGCAGAAUAUGUUUAGCCACUGAUGUGAAGAUGUUUAGCCUAGAAAUUGGGGUGCUAAAAAACUGUAUGGAGACAAUAACAGGUUUUAAUGACAAUAAAUGCCAUAUAGAAGGCCUCCCACAAUUUGUUUGCUAUGAAUGUGCGAGACAUUUGACCAAUUUUUACAAUUUGAUGGAAAAGAGUAUGACCACACAAGCAACUUUACUGGAUAUUUUUGCAGAAAAUGCUCAGAUUACAAAAUCUUUAGUUAGAAAGAGAGAUAGAAAACAUUUGAAUCUGCAAUCUCCACUUAGUUUAAAUUAUUCAAUGCCUUGUCAUUUCUAUGAAUAUGUUUAUGAUGAAAAUGAAACUAUUUCAAAUCUCAAGACAAAAUAUUUCUCUGAUAAUAAUGUAAAUUUCAAGGAUCUUCAAUAUUGUCCAGUGAAUUUUAAUGAAGAUUAUAAAACAGAAAUUAUUAAUCAGACAAAUAUAGAAGCAGACAUUAAUUUUAAAAGUGAAGAAGCUUCUAUAAAAAUGGAUGAUGAAGACACAAACCUUGGAAGUAGUGACAAUGAUGAUAUUGAUAACUUAUCUUUUAAUGAAAUCAAUAAAACGACUGUUAUAAAUGAUGUUAAAGAAACUAAAGAACUUCCUCUAGUUUGUAAAAAGGAAAAUAAGAAAAUUAAUUCUCCUGCUCUGAAAACUAGAAAAAAGUUUAAAGGACUCAAUGGUCUUACUGCUGAUGGGCUUGAUAUAGGAAGAUAUUUCAAUAUUGUGAAACAAUCGGAACAAGAACAAAUCGAAGAAUGGAACAAAAUGGUUGCUAAACUAUCUUCAACCAGUGCCAAUGUCUUCAAAUGUGAAGUUUGUUUAAAAAGUUUCUCAAGCACGAAAGCAUACGAAAACCAUGUUUAUUGCCAUAACCCAAAAAACGGAGCAUCACAAUGUCCAGUGUGCAAACAUCGAUUCAAAAAUGACGUGCUCAUGAAGUCACAUGCAAACCGCGCCCACGGAAAGAAGUUCCACUGCAAAUCGUGCUUCAAAAUCUUCAACAAUGUGAGCGUUGCAAAAAAGCACCAUCGCUGGCACACCGGCCACGAGUACAGUUGCGCGCGUUGCACGUUCAAGACCGUGCACUCGUCCGCGCUCGCGCAACACACGCGCACGCAACACGAACACGUGCACGUUUGCACGCGCUGUGGGCACGCCUUCGUUAGUGCUAGGGGGCUGGCCCUGCAUGCUUCUACAGCGCAUAGAGAUGAUAAGGAUGCAACGACAUCUGCUGAAUUCCGAUGUGACGAUUGUGCCAUUAGCUUUACUUCAGAAGGAGCACGACGUGUACAUUUGCUUACUUCCAAGCACCACCAGAAAAACACCCAAGGAAAUACUAUACCAAUUGAUCCAUUGCUCAAGAUGACCUGCAAGCAGUGUGGCGUUACCUUUCCAACUAAAAAGAAGUUGGUUGAGCACUCCAGAACAGAGCACCGACGGGUAGCCAAGAAAAAGACCACUUGGAAGCUUCCCGGCGACUCGUAUCCUACUCAAUGUGAACAUUGUGGGUGCUCAGUAAACAGUCGCAAGGAGCACUGGGCGCACGUGCGGCGGACUCACGCGGCGUUGCGGCAGCAGUACCGCGCCGUCGUCACCGCCGUCUGCCAUGUUUGCGGGAAAGGCUUCCAGAAUUCCACCAAGCUCCGCAUCCACGAGCUACGUCACGGCAGCCCGACAUUCGGCUGUGAGACGUGUUCCCGCGUAUUCCAUGACAAGUACGCACUGGCACGACACGCAGUCGCGCACGGCCCACGCGCGACCCACGCCUGUAAACACUGCGGACGUGCGUUUGCUCUUAAAGGGAACCUGGCCAGGCACGAACGGGUGAGCGUGACUCUUAUCAUCAUCAGCAUAAGGUCUAGUCUCGAGCUACAUCACGGCAGCCCACAUUCGACUGUACGACGUGUUCCAUGACAAGUACGCGCUGGCACGACAUGUAGUCGCGCACGGCCCACGCGCGACCCACGCCUGUAAACACUGCGGACGUGCGUUUGCUCUUAAAGGGAACCUGGCGAGGCACGAACGGGUGAGCGUGACUCUUAUCAUCAUCAGCAUAAGGUCUUUAGUAUUGAGCUACAACACGACAACCAAAUGUAGCAAUAACAAUUAACAUAACUUUAAGAAUAAAAACUUUUGCACGUCGCAUGCGACAGAAUAUGCUGGAAUUAACUAAAUUA